CGCAGGCGCGGGAAGGCGGGGCAGGGCCUGGGCGCAUGUGCAGUCCAGGCCCUCCCGGCAGCCUCCAGCGCAAGAUGGCGUCGCGGGAAUGUCUACCGCUGCCUGUCUGAGAAAACGCCAAGUGACCGGGUCCGCCGCUGUACUCCAGCUCCGCGUUGUUCCACGAGAAGGCUAGAGGCUGAGUCCCGCCGGGUGCGAUGGCCGCGGUGGUGGCCAAGCGGGAAGGGCCGCCUUUCAUCAGCGAGGCUGCUGUGCGGGGCAACGCCGCGGUCCUGGAUUACUGCCGGACCUCAGUGUCAGCGCUGUCGGGGGCCACGGCCGGCAUCCUCGGCCUCACCGGCCUCUACGGCUUCAUCUUCUACCUGCUUGCCUCCAUCCUGCUCUCCCUGCUCCUAAUCCUCAAGGCAGGAAGGAGGUGGAACAAAUACUUCAAAUCACGAAGACCUCUCUUCACGGGAGGCCUCAUUGGAGGCCUCUUCACCUACGUCCUGUUCUGGACAUUUCUCUAUGGCAUGGUGCACGUCUACUGAAAUGGGGGCAGGGGUGACUUUUUUAAAAAACCAGAUUGGGAGGACUGUUGCCAGAAAUUAACGCCGUGUAGACUUACUUAGUUUUUAAAAUGUUGAAUUCGCUGCUUGUUCUGUAACGUUAUAAAUAAUUUAUAUCUGAAGACGGAGAGCCUGUAAUAUUCUUCAGAUUAAAUGAAGCGUGAGACAC